AAUUAAAUAAUCGAUCCUUCCUCACUUAAUACAAUAAAUACACUCUGUUCUCUAUUCGGUGCCCAUCCACUCUCUCUAUAUCUCUUUUCACUUUCUCUGUCUAGAUCUUUUCUCCUGUUCUAUCAUGGCGACUAGUUUUGCUCCUGUGUCAAUCUCAGGUGGUUCUCAAUUGAAGGCGGAUGAACUUUGGUCCUCAAAGUCCAACUCAUUUGCAAAAAAAUCAAAACUGGCAGUUCAAAGGAAGUCAAACCAGGUGGGAAAUCGCAAGUUGUCUGUUCGUGCAGAAUACAAGUAUGUUGUUCUGGUCUCUUUUCUCUAUAAUGGACAUCCGAAUAAAUUAUAUGAGAAAAGCAUUGAAAACCAUGGAAACUUAGAUACAAGUGAUGGUAGUAGGGGUGGUGGCAGUGAUUUUGUUGCUGGUUUUCUUUUAGGAGGCGCCAUAUUUGGAACUUUAGCUUAUAUUUUUGCUCCUCAGAUUAGAAGAUCCCUGCUAAAUGAAGAUGAAUAUGGGUUUCGGAGGGCCAAGCGACCAAUAUACUAUGAUGAAGGUUUAGAGAAGACUAGGCAGACCUUGAAUGCAAAAAUAAGCCAACUGAAUUCUGCUAUUGACAAUGUAUCUUCACGCUUGAGAGGUGGCAAUAAUUCACCUACGGUGCCUGUUGAAACUGAUCCCGAGGUAGAAGCUACCAUGUGAGAUUAGUUUAUGUUUCUUCAUUGUAGUCUGAGACUUCAUACCGUUUGAAAAACAGAUAUGCAACUGUGUCACCACUGUGCUUAUGGCAGGUUUAGCUUUUUAAUGUUUAAAUCAGAAUACAAGUGUUAUGGUUAACAUUAUUGCAGCAUACAACGCUGGCCUUUUUCAUGUAGACUCGAGAAUUUGGGGGUUUGUAGUGGAAAUAGUAGCUUCCAACGGCUGUUUUCUCUC